AUGCCGCUAAUUGUUAUAACUGGUGGUCCGUGUUCGGGCAAAUCAACACGAGCACAAGCAUUACACGAUUAUUUUAAAACAAAAUCAAUGCCUGUUCAAAUUAUUACAGAUAAUAAUCUGGAUAGAAAUGCAGUUUAUAUAGACAAUACACUUGAAAAACAAGCUCGAAGUGAUCUUAAAGCUGAAACACAAAGAUUAGUAACAAAAACUGAUUUGAUUAUACUUGAUGCAUUGAAUUAUAUAAAAGGUUAUCGCUAUGAACUGUAUUGUAUUACAAAACUUUAUCAAACUGUUCAAUGCACAAUUUAUUGUAAUACACCUAUUCAUCUCGCUCGUGAAUGGAAUGCGGCAAAUCAUAGAUAUGAUGAAACAAUUUUUGAUGCAUUAGUACAACGUUAUGAACCACCUGAAGGUCGAAAUCGUUGGGAUGCACCACUUUUUGAAUUAACACCAAAUGAUGAAUUACCAUUAGAGCAAAUAGCCGAUUAUUUAGCUAAUAAACGACCACCACCACCCAAUAAAUCAACAGUAAAUUUACCAAUAUCGGAUACAAAUUUUUUACAUGAUGUUGAUCGUGUCACUCAAGAUGUUAUUGAUUCAAUUGUACAACAAAGUAAAAUGGCUGUACUUGGUCAACAAUUUUCAAUUCCUGGUACAACAGAAAAAAUUAAUUGGAAUCUAAAUCAUUCAGUAUCUGAUUUACGUCGAAUUCGUCAACAAUAUCUUAAAUUUAUUAAAACUCAUCCACCAUCUAAAGAUAAUACAAAUGUUACAUCAAUGUUUGUUCAGUUCCUUAACAAUAAUCUGUGUUAA